AUGAAUUCCCUUCGCUCACAAUUCGUUUCGACCACACGUCAACUCGUGCGAUGCACGAUUCCCAAAAGACCUACCAUUCUUGCUCAAACACGUACCUUACGCACAAACAUCAACACACUCUAUCGAAUUGAAAGAAAAGAGACUGGCCAGUACUCCAGCAACCCUUACACUGAAUCCAUGCGCCACAUCAAAUCCCAAGCCAAGUUUGUAGCCAAGAUUACGGGAUGCACUGUCGUUGCAUUGGCAGCCUCGGCCGCUCUUGUUUGGCAGGCCUACCACCUCUACAUCGAAUGGUACCUCGAAAGUACCCCUACUGAAUUGGGCUAUCAGGCUCGAAACCUGCUCCAUGGUGCCUACGUUCGUGAGAAAGUCUCGCCUGAUUAUGAAGUAGCUGCUGUUUAUGUACGUGAAGUUUUGCGCUUGGCACUAGAGGUCGAAAAGCUAGAAGAGACCUCGCCAUGUGUUAUUGCACUCCGUCUCCGACUGGCUAAUGAUGAAGCCCAUGCUGGAAAUCUGCUGGAUGCAAUUGCGGAGUAUAACCGUGCCUGGCAUCUUCUUCUCGAGCAAAAGAAAGCAGAGGAUGGAAAGGUGACCGAGGCUCGCGAGAUGUUGUUGGCACAGACUGCCAAGCAUAUGGGAGAUUUGUAUCUACGCGUAGCAGAUUAUGCUUAUGCAGAGGAAUUCCUGGCCUGGACUCUUCAUGUGGUCGGGAAGACCGAGAAGUCCCAAGAGACAAAGGAAAUAUGGGACCAUCUGAAGGUGACGACCACAUGUUCACUUGGAAGUGUGUAUGCAGUCCAGGGUAAUUUUGGAUUAGCUCUACCCUUGUUCCUCCAAGCCCUCAAGGCUAUUCCUGAAUCAGAAAAAGAGAAUACAAAGUGGAUCUGUCUCAAGGCCAUCUUGCAGAACCAAUUGGCUGAAACGAUGUUUGGUCUGGGAAAGUUGGAUGAUGCGAUGGGUUGGGCACAGGCUUCGUUUGAAUCUUGCUCGACUGGUUAUUCUUUUGAGAACCCAUCCGAGAAUAAUGAAAAAGACAGCAAGGAUUGUAAGGAGUGCGGUGCUGUUGUCUCCAACAACCUUGGAAGCUUAUUAGAGCUCAAGGGCCAGUUUGAUCAAGCAGCAAUUUAUUAUAAGCAAGCUAUGGCAUAUGCAUCUGCUUUGGAAGAUAAUGAGGGAUAUAAACAAUACAGCGAGAAUGAAUUACGGGUAGAGAAAAAAGAAUCAGAGGCACCUGUGACAACAGUAAAGGCAGUCAUCGAAGCUAAAGAACCUGUUACUGAGCCAGUACAAGAAAACAAAUCAUCCUGGAGUAGUUGGUUGAAGAGAAAGUAA